CGUAGUGCAGGGCCGCUCGCUGGGCUCUGUCAGUUUUCAAGCUGAGCAGGGGCUUGGAUAGUACAUACCCUCCACAGCAGCACGAUUUUGCUCUGGCUCGGCUGAAGUUUUCCCACAGAUAAGAGGGAAAGGGGUGGGGAAGAAAGAUUGCCCUGAGGACACCUCUCUCUUGCAGGACAUGGAGAACAGGCCAGCAGAGACCAACUCGGAGGUGGACAAGUCGGCAUCACCCUCAGUGGCUCAGCUAGCAGGGAAAUUCAAAGAGCAAGCAGCCAAUAUCACUGGCAAAGAGGUACCACCACAUAAGCCAACCAGGAGGAAACCACCAUGCUCCCUUCCAUUGUAUUCCCACAAAACUGAGACAAGCGACAAUGAUGAGCAAAAGCGAUCUCCAAAUGCUUGCCCCAUUCCCAAGGUCAAGGUGAAAAGCUCCCCCAUGAUUGAAAAGCUGCAGGCCAAUCUGGCUUUUGCUCCAGCUGCUCUGCUGCCGGGAGCAUCUCCCAAAAGCCCUGGUCUGAAAGCCCUGGUUUCUCCAUUCACCACCCCUCCCUCAACACCCAGCAGCCCGGGGAUUCAGUCCCAGCCCAGCGAAGCAACUGAGACGCCAGUCAGCUUUGAUCAACCCCCGGAAGGCACUCAGCUGCAAUUCUACAAUAAGGUGCGAACACGGGGAUCGAUAAAGCGCAGGCCUCCCUCCAGGAGGUUCCGAAGAUCUCUGUCCGAGUACGGAGACGGGGAAGAUGUAGGGGUCAACAUCUCCUCUCCAGAAAAUGGUGCCAAAGAAGAUGGGGAUGAGGUGUUUGGGCCUAAGGGCAAGACAGAGGAGGCAGAAACAGGGAGCAAAGAGCAAAACAAACAGACGGCGUCUGAUGAGAAGCCCCCAUCAAGGAGAGGCUCCAGCAGAUCAGAAGAUGAAGAAAAAGGGGGAAAACGGGCAGAGGAAAUGACUCCUUGCAAGAGUAGCGGAGGGGAUACAAAGGAGGAAGAAGUGUGUGGUGGUGCCCCAGGGGAAGAGAACUCCCCCCAGCAUCCCUCUGGAAACAAGGAGGAGAAGGUGUGCGAGGGUCCCCAGGGAGAAGAGCAGCAAGGCAGUGCUUGUGAACAGGAGAAGGGGGACAAGGAGAAGAGGGACAAGGAGAAGGAAGAAGCUGAAGCUGAAGCGAAGGAGCCCAGUGAGGGCACAGACACACAGAGAACGUCAGACACUGAAGAAGCACCACUGGCGCCUGAACCGCUGCAGGACGCAGUGGGGUUAGACGCUGCCAGUGAGGUGUCAACGUCAGCCACGCAGGACCAGGGCACAGCGUAACCAUGACGCACAGGACAUACCCAAUCAGGGCACAGGAGGCUUAACAAGCGAAUAGGAGCCAUCUAACCCAAUCAAGGUGGAAGCUACUGGAAAACCUUCACUGGCAGGAGAGGAGCAGAAUACGGAUAUCCCCCGAGGUCCAGACUCAUCCCGGAGCUGAGUGGCUGCUCGCUGCCUCUCUGCUUUAGACCAUCAUCUUUUGGGACAGGCUUGCAAUUGCUUUGGAGUUCAAAACUGAUGAGUUCAAGGCUGACGUUCCUUAGUGAUCCUCGGGGACUAAGAUGCCUGAUAUGUGCUAUCCUGGAGCCAAUAGCCACCACCACUCCUGGUCCCUCUGCUCCUUCAUCCUGCUCCCAAAUGUCUUUUUCUUCUCCCCUGCAUUGGUCUUAGAUGAAGUUCAUCAGUUACAUACGUACAUGUAUGGUGGCUUUUUGGUAGCUUCUUUUGAAAUAUUUUGGGUUUUCACAUUUCAGUAAAUGAUGUUUUAAGAGUAGGAAGAAGUAUGUUUUCUCCAUAUAUGCUGUAUGGCAGACAAUGUGAACCUUGAACACGGGGAAAAUUCUUAGGACAUUGUUCAUAAUUGUAAAAUCUCUUUGAAGUGGGGGUCAAGCUGGCUGAUCUGUGAAAACAGCCAGCCGUGGUAGGUAGUUUUUUCUGUGUGCUUCAACUCUGGGGUGUUUUCAGUGCUCGUGGAAAGUAACAACCAACAGAUUUGAUGCACAGAAAAGAUGUGCUGUGUUGGUCAACCGGGCAAGUUUUCUUAUCUGGAGCUGGGAUCCAGUCCAGGUUUAGAAGGGCUGCUUGUCUGUCAGUCUUUCUUACUUUCAGACCCUAGCCAAUAUUUUGAUUCUCUUUUGAACCUUUCAUGUGUGGCUACCACGUGCCACUCAUGAUAGAAAGCAUCCUGUCUUACUGGAAGCAGCUUAUUAAUUUUAUGUAGGUCAAAGAAGAGGUCUUAGAUGGCUGAGUCUCCAGUCGUGUGGCCUGACUGAAUAUGAAUUGGUGAAGGUCAGCUGGCCAGUGCCUCCUAAGUACUUGCACAUUGUACUAGAUCCGCAUUUGCUCUUGGGGUACUAGUUAAGUCAUGGGUCUAGAAUUUGCUAAGCCAAAAAACCUUCUACACCUGGAGAGUAUUUGUUGCCCAUAAGAAAUAAUGUAUUUGGGGAAAGAUAGAUAACAGACCCUCACCUGACCAGUUUCCUGACAGCAGUGCUUGAAGCUGUAUCUGCAAUACUGAAUAAAAAGCUGCUCUGGGUGAAGGCCAUGGGGCUCAUAUCCACAGUGUGACAUGGAGCUGUGGACAGGUCUGGGCUCACUGGAGACAGCGAGCCAGACUUGUCAAAAGCUGAAACAAGGAGUCAGCUGGCUGUUAAGUAGUGUGAACAGUCAGGGGACAGUGCCUGAACCUACCGCCAGCCACCUAGUACCCAGCAACACAGACACAGCUACAGAGACCAAGGACAGAACCAGCCAGCUCCUCUUCAUCACAAAGCCCCUCCUAGCAACUGUUACGCUGAGCGGAGUCAGAGGCUUGUGUUGUCCCUGUCUCUCUGGAUGGGCACAAGCAUUUUACACAACACAGCCCACAUCCGUCCUUGAGUGGGCUCUGGAACACAGCAGUGUUACAAACCCGACGGCUUUGAGGGGUGUCCCCUUUCUGUUCACCAGCUCUAAAAUCACAAGGGAAGAAGUGGCUCUGUACCCUGCUUGUCUUUUUCCCAGGUGAGAGCACUCAGGUGUCGCUUGCCAAGAGCCAGCAGCGCUGACCCUCCUGUGUAGCACAGGCUUGUUGGCAAACAUGACCCCCACAUCAUUUUGAGCCAUGCUGUGGAGCAUUGUUGCCUUUGAAUCCAUUUUAAUCUGUUUGUUAGAGCUUGUAUUCCAGGGCAGGCUGCAAUCAUUCGCUGUACCCUGUUUCUUCUCUCAGCAGAGUCCCAUCUGGAUGUGAGUGAUUGUGCCGUACUGUAUAUAUAGAUAGAUGUGUGCCUGUUUAGAGAAUGAGUAUGUGUGUCCCAAGCAAGGGAAUGGAAAUCUGAGGGAGAAACAGAAAAAAUAAAAGGUGGAAUAAAAUGAAACCAGAAACAAAA